AUGGCGUUUGCUGGGACAAAUAUCAGUUUGUCCCAGCCGGAUAUCACGCGGAAACUAACGGAGCGCAUAGACGACCUGAAGCAAAAGAUUGCCGCUUGGGGGAAGCGGAUUCGCCGAUUUACCGAGAGGUCAAGGCGGUUCAACCAGAAUCGUCUCUUCCAGAGUGAUCAGAAGAGGCUCUACAAAUCAUUGGAGCGACCAGUGGUAUGUGGAGCGGGCCCAGGACCGGAUCAGGCUAACACUGUCGCAUUUUGGCGUGGCCUGUGGUCAGAGCCCGUAAACCACAGCGAGGGCCCUUGGACGGAAGUUGUGGCGAGUCAGUGUGCGAGUAUUACGCCCAUGGACCCCGUCAUCAUAACGCCGGAUGACGUAGCUGAGGCGGUCCGUAGAGCCCCGAACUGGAAAAGUCCGGGACUCGACGGACUGCAUCACUACUGGCUGAAGGGGUUCAUGGUGUGUCACGCUGUGCUCGCCCGUCAGUUUCAAGAGGCUCUCAACCAGAAGUCGCUCCCAAGCCUCUUCACUACUGGGAUCACUCAUUUGGUUCCUAAAGACCAGGUUACCACAGACCCGAGCAAAUACCGCCCCAUUACGGCAAAAGGGGAAGAAACUGGAUGUUUGGCGUAUCGGGCUAGGAUGCAUCGUCUUUUUGCUGAGCUGGAGCCAUCUUUAACCGUCACAGAGCAAAACCCGGCAGACCGAGUUCGGUAUAUCUUGCGCUCAAAUAUAUUUGAUGUCGCCGAACUCGAACGGCUACGACGUGAGGCUGUUCCCUCGUCGGAUGAGAAUGCUACGGCUGAGGAUGCGGUGCCACAAAUGGUGGAUGCUGCCGUGAAUACCCCAGUUGUGGUUGAUUCAAACGAUGAUGGAACAGUCGCCCAGGAACUGGAAUUAGAGCAUAUGAGGAGUACAUUGGAAGAGGCGAUUGUGGAAACGCGCAGCGCCAAGGUUUCCACGGCUGGACGCGCUACUGGCCAUAGUAGCGCUAUCCCAGCAUGGAGAAGAAGAAUUGAGGAACGUAUCGCAAAGGCUAGAGCUCUCAUCGGCAGACUGAUAUGCUUCAGAUCAGGCAACAACAGGCCAAGAAUUGUGCGCACCGUCAGGAUGGCGUUUGCUGGGACAAAUAUCAGUUUGUCCCAGCCGGAUAUAACGCAAAAACUGACGGAGCGCAUAGAUGAUCUGAAGCAGAGAAUCGCUGCUUGGGGAAAGCGGAUUCGGCGAUAUACCGAGAGGUCGACACGGUUCAACCAGAAUCGUCUCUACCAGAGUGAUCAGAAGAGGCUCUAUGAAUCAUUGGAGCGACCAAUGAUAAGUGGAACGGGUCCAGCACCGAAUCAGGCCGACACUGAAGCAUUCUGGCGCGGCCUGUGGUCAGAGCCCGUAAACCACAGCGAGGGCCCUUGGACGGAAGUUGUAGCGAGUCAGUGUGCGGGUAUUACGCCCAUGGACCCCGUCAUCAUAACGCCGGAUGACGUAGCUGAGGCGGUCCGUAGGGCCCCGAACUGGAAAAGUCCGGGGCUUGACGGGCUGCAUCACUACCGGCUGAAGGGCAUGCGGGCCGCCAGCCGAGCGCGGGGUGUUGCAAGACCACCUAGCAGCCCCCCGCAUCCAUCAUCCCCACCAGAAGGCUUGGUGUCGGCUGGGUCUUCUCGGACUCAGCAAGCAGCACCCGCCGCUGAUGGAGCACGUCGCAUGCGUUGGUCUAAAUCAAUGAAUGAAAACGCACUGCGGGCGUACUUUAGGGCAAAAUGGGAAGAAACUGGAUGUUUCGCGUAUAGGGCUUGGAUGCAUCGCUUUUUUGCAGAGCUGGAGCCAUCUCUUUCCGUCACUGAGCAAAACCUGGCAGACCGAGUUCGGUACAUCCUGCGCUCCAACAUAUUUGGUGACGCCGAACUCGAGCGACUACGACGUGAGGCUAUUCCUUCAUCGAAUGGAAAUGCUACGGCUGGGAAUGCGGCGCCACUAGAUGCGCAACAAACUGCAUAUGUGGAUGCUGCCAUCAACAUUCCAUUUGUGGCUAAUUCAGACGAUGAUGGAAUAGUCUCCCACGAACUAGAGAAAAUGAGGAGCAUAUUGGAAGAGUCGAUGCUGGAAACGCGCAGCAUGCCUCUCGAAAAUCGACCGCGACUUCCCCGCAUACCCCUUAGCAAGCGAAAUCGGGCUGUCGUGCGGGCUCUUAACCCAAUGCUGGUGACCUAUUUGGAAGCCAGCCGGGACCUUUGCGAGACGGAUUCAAUUCUUUUUGGCGCCGCACUGGCAGUAUGCCGUAUUAUUGGCGCCAAACUUCCCGUGGCUGGACGUGCUACUCAAAAAAGUAGCGCCAUCCCAGCCUGGAGAAAAAGAAUUGAGGACCGUAUCGCAAAGGCAAGGGCCCUUAUCGGCAGACUGACAAGCUUCAGGUCGGGUAAUAAUAGACCGAGAGUUAUGCGCACCGUUAGAAUGGCGUUUGCUGGGACAAAUAUCAGUUUGUUCCAGCCGGAUAUCACGCAAAAACUAACGGAGCGCAUAGAUGACCUGAAGCAAAAAAUCGCAGCUUGGGGGAAGCGGAUUCGACGAUUUAGCGAGAGUUCAAGGCGGUUCAACCAGAAUCGUCUCUACCAGAGUGAUCAGAAGAGGCUCUAUAAAUCAUUGGAGCGACCAGAGGUAUGUGGAGCGGGCCCAGGACCGGAUCAGGCUGACACUGUCGCAUUUUGGCGUGGCCUGUGGUCAGAGCCCGUAAACCACAGCGAGGGCCCUUGGAUGGAAGUUGUGGCGAGCCAGAGUGCAAGUGUUACGCCUAUGGACCCCGUCACCAUAACGCCUGAAGACCUGGCUGAGGCGGUACGUAUUGCCCCGAACUGGAAAAGUUCGGAGCUCGACGGGCUGCAUCAUUACUGGCUGAAGGGGUUCGUAGUGUGUCACGCUGUGCUCGCCCGACAGUUUCAAGAGGCUCUCGAUCAGAAGUCGCCUUCGAGCCUCUUCAAUACUGGGAUCACUCAUUUGGUUCCUAAAGAUCAGGAUACCACAGACCCGAGCAAAUACUGCUCUAUCACGCCGAUGGUAAAGUCUUAUAAGUUUGUUAAAUGCAGACCUGUGUAUGAAAAUUUGAUGUCUGAAUUGCGUGCGAUGUGGCCUCAAAAUGUUGAUACUGAAGAGGAAUAUGAUGUCAUACACACGGCAUUUGCUGAAUUAAAACUCAUCGGAAAAGGGUACUACUACAGUCAUGCGGGUCUAAUCAUUUUCUUCGACGUACCACCAAUCAUUAGCUGCAUACGUCGUGCUUUCGGAGAAAAUAUUCCUCAAAAUCUGAUAUUUCCCUACUGGUUUCCAUUUGAUCCGCACCAGCGAGGGCUUUUCGAAUUUUUGUUUAUGACUCAAAUUUGGCAUAGUUUUAUCACUAUGUGCAUCCUGUUGGCAGCGGACUUGUUCUUUUAUACCUUUUUGAGUCAUAUUGCUUCACAAUUACAUCUUCUUGCGAUUAGAAUAAAAAAAAUGUUUCACGUACCGAUUGACGAUCAAUUAAUACAAGAAUAUCCUCUCGGUAAAUGCAAUAAAAUAUGUGAAGAAAAUAUGGAAUCUGUUAGUGAAAAUGAAUGGGAAAUAUUUUAUCAAAAGAAGCUAGUUGAAGUUAUAUCGAGGCAUCGUGCCCUAAUAAGGUAG